AUGUUUAUCGAGAAGUUCCGGGUGGAGAGCCCGAACGUCAAGUAUGGGGAGGGCGAGAUCGAGUCAGUGUACAGUUACGAGACGACGGAGCUCGUCCACGAGGUGAGGGACGGCUCCUACCAGUGGGUCGUCAAGCCAAAGGCCGUGCAGUAUCAGUUCAAGACCGACACCCGUGUCCCCAAACUCGGGUGGGCAUCUCUCUCUCUCCCCCCCCCCCCUCUCUCUCUCUCGCUUACUUGCUUGUCCUUCCUCUAACCUCGUUGUAAUGGCGUAGAGUGAUGCUGGUUGGAUGGGGAGGGAACAACGGGUCGACCCUGACGGCGGGUGUCAUUGCGAAUCGAGAGUGAGUCAUCUCCUUCACCUCUCCAUGGCACCCCCCCUUUUUGUCCGUGUGAGUUAAUACUGACUAGAGAGAGAAUCCUGCAGGGGGAUCUCGUGGGUGACCAAGGAGAAGGUCCAGCGGGCCAACUACUUUGGCUCCCUUACACAGUCUUCCUCCAUCCGGGUCGGCUCCUUCAACGGAGAGGAGAUCUACGCACCUUUCAAGAGCCUCCUUCCCAUGGUCUCCCCUCCCUCCCUCCCUCUCUCUCUCUCUCUCUCUCUCUCUCUCUCUUAAGCGGUGCUGAUUUAUGUGCGUGGAACAGGUGAACCCAGAUGAAGUAGUGUUCGGGGGGUGGGACAUCAGUGACAUGAACCUGGCAGACGCCAUGGGGAGGGCCAAGGUGCUGGACAUCGACCUGCAGAAGCAACUGCGGCCCUACAUGGAGAGCAUGGUGCCCCUCCCAGGCAUCUACAACCCGGACUUCAUCGCCGCCAACCAGGGCUCCCGGGCCAACAACGUCAUCAAAGGCCCCAAGAAGCAUCAAGUCCAGCGCAUCAUCGAUGAUAUCAGGUGCCCACUUCAUCUCUCCUUCCGUCUCCCUCCUCCUCCGAUUCAAAAUAAACUCUAGGGUUUUGCCGUUUAUUUAUGGCAAUACUGAGAGGAGUGAGGGUGGGCAAUGGCAGCGAGUUCAAGGAGAGGGAGAAGGUUGAUAAGGUGGUGGUGCUGUGGACGGCCAACACGGAGCGCUACAGCGACGUCGUCGUCGGCCUCAACGACACCAUGGAGAACCUCCUGGCGGCGGUGGAGAGGGACGAGGCGGAGAUCUCCCCCUCCACGCUCUUCGCCCUCGCCUGCAUCAUGGAGGGCGUCCCCUUUAUCAACGGCAGUCCCCAGAACACCUUCGUUCCCGGUGAGCCGUCUCUUCAGAAUCUGUGGUUAGAUAGAACACAUAAUCUGUGGCCUCUGUGUCUGGAUUAUGAGGGUCGGUCCAAGCCGUGAAUGCUGGUGGUUUCUCAGGUCUGAUCGAGAUGGCCAUCAAGAGGAACAGCCUCAUCGGAGGGGACGACUUCAAGAGCGGGCAGACCAAGAUGAAGUCCGUCCUGGUCGAUUUCCUUGUCGGAGCGGGGAUCAAGGUUGGUGAUCCCUCCCCACUCCCUGGCUCGAUUUCAAUUAAGUCUUUCAAUACUUGUCAUUCUCUAUAGGCCAGAAUUUUGACAUCUUAGGAAAAACUCAGGAGUCAUAAAUCACCCACUCGAGUGUGGGUCAAAUCUUGUGGGUCUACUGCACUGGUUUUGAGCUGAUGGUUACAAAUCUUGUCUCUUUCUGUCGACGUAAUGGGUUCUCUUCAAUGGAAAGAAUAAGUCAAACCAUGACAAUCUACGCCGCUGAUUCAGGACUGGUUUUGUGUUGGAUGGCCCAAGUUUUCUACAUCUUUCUCUAGAUGUCCAAAGCUUUAGAGUAUUAUUGAUCUCUCUCUCUCUCUGACUCUCUCUCCCUACCGUGGCAGCCGACGUCGAUCGUCAGCUACAACCAUCUCGGCAACAACGAUGGGAUGAACCUCUCCGCUCCGCAGACCUUCCGGUCCAAGGAGAUCUCCAAGAGCAACGUAGUUGACGACAUGGUUUCCAGCAAUGGCAUCCUCUACGAGCCCGGCGAGCACCCCGAUCACGUCAUCGUGAUCAAGGUGAGGACGACCCCUCUUUUAUGACAGCGUAUUCAUCAAGGUGAUCGACCGACUGGCUGAGUGGCUGUUCUAUGAAUUUUGCAGUACGUGCCAUAUGUCGGGGACAGCAAGAGGGCCAUGGACGAGUAUACCUCUGAGAUCUUCAUGGGCGGGAAGAGCACCAUCAUACUCCACAACACCUGCGAGGACUCGCUCUUGGCGGCGCCCAUCAUACUUGAUCUGGUCCUCCUGGCGGAACUGAGCACAAGGAUCCAGCUCAAAGCUGAAGGGGAGGUAUGUAGGCCUUUGUAUUCAUAUGCUGAACACAUUUAUUUAUCAUCUAUGGUAAUGAUACUGAGGCUUUUACUUCGGUUCUUCUAGAGCAAGUUCCACUCCUUCCACCCAGUGGCAUCCAUUCUGAGCUACCUCUCCAAGGCGCCACUGGUACACAUACCACUGGUACACAUACCAGUAGAUAGGGUUUGAAGGUGUCGUUGCAUGGAAGUGAUGAGAGAUUCUGUGGGCUGAAACAGGUGCCACCAGGGACGCCGGUGGUGAACGCCUUGUCCAAGCAGAGGGCGAUGCUGGAGAACAUCCUGAGGGCCUGUGUCGGCCUGGCCCCAGAGAACAACAUGAUCUUGGAGUAUAAGUGA